AUCUGUACUAUGUGUAACUGAAGGUAGCUCUGUGACUUAGUACUUUUUUUUCUGUGUCGUGAGACAUUUUCAGAUUUACACCUCCAACCACCAGGUGGUGCAUCUUUUUUUUUUUGACACAUCUGAUGCAGACGCCCUUCAGGAGGUCAUUGUGAUCAGCUUCAGGUGUUGCAGCUUUGUUGUUGUUGCCUGAGAAGUAUUCUUUCUUUUUGCCUCUGCCAAGCUCAGCCACAGUAUAUGUUUAUGUCCAAUUUUGUGAUUUUGUACUUUCUGUGGAACAUUUGAAAAGGAAAUCUCUGACAUUGUUGGAUCUACAAAUGACUGCACAGUUUAAGAGGAUUUGAAGAUGUCAUUGGUUUCCAUCAUCUCUCUUUUGGCUGUCAUUAUUUCAGCAGCCUACGGUGGGAAAGUUCUGGUUUUUCCACAUGACGGCAGCCACUGGGUCAAUAUGAGGGUACUUGUUGAGGAGCUGCAUACAAGGGGACACACUGUGACUGUCAUUCGGGCUGCAGAUAGCUGGUACAUCAGAGAAGCGUCUCCACAUUACAAUACUGUCACAGUGGAUGUUGCCGGUGGUGGAAAUGAAGAUUUUUUUCGACUCUUUGUCUCUGAAGUUAUUAAAAUUAAACGAAGCAAGGGGUCCGCAUGGGCCCGCUUUGCUUUAGACAUGGAGUUGAAGGAAAAGUUCUUUGAAUUACACAAGAAAGUCUGUGAAGUGAUUGUGCACAUAUUUGAAAAUGAAGAGUUAAUGAAGUUCUUGCGAGACGCCAAGUAUGAUGUGAUUUUGACGGACCCUGCUAACGGAGGAGGCGUCAUGCUGGCUCACUAUCUGGGAUUGCCGUUAGUGUUUAACGCCCGCUGGACUGUUCACGGUGAAGCCCAUUUUGCUGUUGCACCCUCUCCGCUUUCUUACGUACCGCUUCCACCUUCAGAACUAACAGAUCAAAUGACUUUCUAUGAGAGGGUCAAAAACAUAGUUUUCUACACCAUGAGGAUGCAUCUGUACAAGCAGGUGGUUGGGCCACAUUAUUCUGAAUUGUCCAGCCGCUACUUUGGCCCAGAUGUAGACUACUUCUCUCUGUUUCAAGCUGCAGACCUGUGGCUGAUGAGAGUGGACUUUGUGUUCGAGUUUCCUCGUCCUAUUAUGCCGAAUAUUAUUCAUAUGGGAGGCUUCCAGUGUAAGCCCUCAAAACCUCUUCCUGAACACCUGGAGGAGUUUGUGCAGAGUUCUGGAGAGCAUGGAGUCAUCAUCAUGUCUCUGGGAACUUUAAUUGGAGAGCUUCCCCGUGACCUAGCUGAUGAGAUCGCUGCAGCUUUUGCUAAAUUACCUCAGAAAGUCAUCUGGAGAUAUAAAGGUGACAAACCAGCGACUUUGGGCAGCAACACUUUACUAGUCGACUGGAUGCCACAGAAUGACCUCCUAGGACAUCCAAAUGUUAAACUCUUUGUAAGUCACGGAGGAACUAACGGAAUAUACGAGGCUAUAUAUCAUGGAGUUCCAAUUGUUGGCAUUCCCAUUGUGUUCGAUCAAGCCGACAACCUCUCCAGACUGAGAGCAAAGGGUGUUGCAAAGGUUAUAGAUGUUUCUGUACUGGAUAGGGAAACAUUUCAGACUGUCAUACAGGAAGUCCUGAAUGAGCCCUCCUACAAGAUGAACAUGCAGAGACUCUCCAGGCUGCACAGAGAUCAGCCAGUGAAGCCACUGGAUCGUGCAAUCUACUGGUUAGAGUUUGUCAUGAGACACAAAGGUGCAGCUCACCUGAGAACAGAGUCCUACAAAAUGCCCUGGUAUUCCUAUCACUCUGUAGAUGUAAUACUAUUUUUAGUAACAGCUGCUUUGCUCAUUUUGUUAUUUUUUGCAGGGUUAGUAUGGUCAUGCUUUAGAUUGUGUUUGAAAAAGAAAGUGAAAACUGACUAAUCAGGAAAAAUGGAAUGAUAAUUUUCAUAUUUUUGAAUACAUUGGUAUAUGAGAAAUCUGGCUGUAAUCCGCUGGAUAUCGAAAAGUACAGAAUUUGACAUUUUAAAUGUGUCUUAAGUGUUCUGCAAGUAACUUAAAUAUUGCUAGAAAAAAAUGGACUGUAAAAAAUAAAAAAGAGAUGUAAUUACCAUUACACAAUUAUGCAACUGACUGCCAAUUUGCAAGAGUAAAGUCUGUUUGAUUACUUUGUUUAAAGCCAAGUCAUUUUUAAUAAUCUCUUGACCUUUCAAUGUAUCAGUUUAACCUCUAAUUUUGGUCUUAAACAAAUAAAACUCACAGCAAAUGCAAGCUACGGUACUAGUAGACGAACUUGAUGACAUGAGUCAAGUCAAAAGUUUCAACUCUCUAUCCUCUAUAUCUAUUUUGAUGUAUGCUACACUAUGUUAUCAUGCUAGAAGAGGAAAAAAGACUCACAUUGCCAUUUUUUUAAGAAGAAAACAAUGUGGACUGUUGGACUUGAGAAAAAUAAUCAACUUUCUUUUCAUAUAUGCCAUGGCAUAAGUUUUAAUAGCAUGGAUGUAUUAGAAAUAACCUGAACUAAAUGAGGACGUGUUAAUCACAUUCCCAGCCAGCAGGUGUUGCUGUUCAGCCAUUUACAGUAUUUUUACCAGCCUGUAAAUGCAAAUUAUCAGCUAUUUUAUAAUUUUACUUUUUCAGAAGACAAAAGAACACUCACCCAAGCAUUGUAGGCCACACAAACUCCCCCCCAAAAAAUGAAAUGUUUUUUACAAUCUUGAUUUCUUGUGUUUCUUUUCAGUUGUAACACAGGAUAAAGGUCCUGCAUUUUAUAAAUCAUUUUAUAACUGCUAUUUAUGUAAGGGUCAAAAAUAAUGGUUGACUUUUACUCUCCUUUCCACCCCCUUAUCACUUGUGCAUUUAAGAACAUGCAAUUGCAGUACCAAAGUCCUGCGUGGGUUGGAACCUGCAGACGAGGACGUGUUCUGCUCUCUAACAAGGGAGCAUAUUGAAUAAAAUACAUUGGAUGCCAAAAAGGUAACAUUAGCAUUUUUUUUGCCAAUUAAAAUAACUGAUAGCUAUCUAUUUGAAGUUUUGUGUUUAUCCAAAAGUUAAUUUUUAACUGGCAUGCAAUACAUUUUCUUGUGGUUCAGAUUCUCUCAGUUACAAUUAGCUCUUACUGUGGCUGAAAGUGUUAACAGCAUUUGCGGAUGGACAAAAAGUGAAAUAAAAUUAAAUAAAAAUAUUAACACCCUUAUUUUUUAGUUUGUCAUUGUUCUUACAUUUGAGUCUCUAUGAUGAAACCAACUGCAGCAGGCUACACUAACCACAGUAAAAUUAUUAAAAGCAAAAAAUGUAAAAGUAAU